CAUGAAGCCGCUGGACCCCUCGGAGCAGCGGCAGAGGCGGCGGAGCCCGGCGGAGCGCAGUCAGAGACGGGCAGCUCCGGGGUCCGCGUCCCAGUGCCUACGCGGCUGCGGACUCCCCCAUGGGCCGCAGCUGAGGCUUCCCGCAGCGGUGGGGCGCGGACCGGGGGGCGCGGUUGAGACUCGGAGGCGGCGGCGCCGGAGGAAGCGCAGAAGGCCGGGCCCGGGAGGUGGGCAGCACCGCGCCGCAACCCCGGGCUCGCCAUGCUCCUGGCCUCGGCAGUGGUGGUGUGGGAAUGGCUGAACGAACACGGCCGCUGGCGUCCCUACAGCCCAGCCGUGAGUCACCACAUCGAGGCGGUGGUGCGCGCUGGUCCCCGCGCCGGGGGCAGCGUGGUGCUGGGCCAGGUGGACAGCCGGCUCGCGCCCUACAUCAUCGACCUGCAGUCCAUGAACCAGUUCCGCCAAGACACGGGGACCCUCCGUCCAGUUCGACGAAACUACUACGACCCAUCCUCAGCCCCUGGCAAGGGUGUGGUGUGGGAAUGGGAGAAUGACAACGGUUCCUGGACUCCCUAUGACAUGGAAGUCGGCAUCACCAUCCAGCAUGCCUAUGAGAAGCAGCAUCCAUGGAUCGACCUCACCUCCAUUGGCUUCAGCUACAUAAUAGACUUCAGCACCAUGGGCCAGAUCAACAGGCAGACCCAACGCCAACGCCGUGUCCGACGACGACUAGACCUCAUCUACCCCAUGGUCGCAGGCACUAUGCCAAAGACGCAGUCCUGGCCAGUCAGUCCUGGACCGGCGACGUCCUCCCCUGCACCACCUUGCUCCUGCCCACAGUGUGUUUUGGUGAUGAGUGUCAAGGCUGCUGUGGUCCAUGGGGGCACUGGGCCUCUUCAGCCUCCAGCAGCACGAAAGAACAUGGCCCUCUCUGGAGUGGGCAAGCUGCCCCAGCCACCUGGCCCUGGAGCAAAGCCACUAGACCCCACUGGCACCAUCCGGGGCCCAGGGAAGGCCAUCAGGGGACAAGUCUCUAAUGCACCAGCUGGGGCGACUGUAGGCUCCCCUGCCAGCCCACAAGGAGGCAACAGGAAGACCGGAAGGGCGGCAUUGGCCACCUUGAAUCGGUCUAAUCUGCAGCGACUGGCUAUUGCCCAGUCCCGGGUGCUGAUCGCCUCCGGGGUUCCCACUGUGCCUGUGAAAAACUUGAAUGGGUCCAGUCCUGUUAAUCCUGCCUUGGCAGGAAUCACGGGGAUCCUCAUGAGUGCAGCGGGAUUGCCUGUGUGCCUCACUCGCCCACCAAAGCUGGUCCUCCACCCGCCCCCUGUCAGCAAGAGUGAGAUAAAAUCCAUCCCAGGGGUCUCGAACACAAGCCGCAAGACCACCAAAAAGCAGGCCAAGAAAGGUAAAACCCCAGAGGAAGUUCUAAAGAAGUAUCUGCAGAAGGUCCGACACCCACCAGAAGAGGAUUGUACCAUCUGUAUGGAGCGUCUCACAGCACCCUCUGGCUACAAGGGCCCACAGCCUACAGUCAAGCCUGACCUGGUGGGAAAGCUGUCCAGGUGUGGGCACAUCUACCACAUCUAUUGCCUGGUGGCCAUGUACAACAAUGGGAACAAGGAUGGGAGUUUACAGUGUCCAACAUGUAAGACCAUUUAUGGCGUCAAGACAGGCACCCAGCCUCCAGGGAAGAUGGAGUACCACCUCAUUCCGCACUCCUUGCCUGGCCAUCCGGAUUGCAAGACCAUCCGGAUCAUCUACAGUAUCCCCCCUGGCAUUCAGGGACCAGAGCAUCCAAAUCCUGGGAAGAGCUUCAGUGCCCGUGGCUUCCCACGACAUUGUUACCUUCCAGACAGCGAGAAAGGGAGAAAAGUUCUAAAGCUGCUUCUAGUAGCCUGGGACCGUCGUCUCAUCUUUGCCAUUGGAACCUCCAGCACCACGGGCGAGUCCGAUACUGUCAUCUGGAAUGAGGUUCACCACAAGACAGAAUUUGGCUCUAAUCUCACUGGCCAUGGCUACCCAGAUGCCAAUUACCUGGAUAAUGUGCUGGCUGAACUGGCUGCCCAGGGUAUCUCUGAAGACAGCACUUCCCAUGAAAAAGACUGAGGUGGGAGGGUACUGGGGACCACAGGGCAGGAAAUGGAGAGAGUCAAGGUCGGGCUUGAUGCCAUGCCUCCUGACUCCCUCAUUUCCCUUCUUGUAUUAUCCCCAUCUCUCAUCCCUCUCAGUCACAGAGGGAGCUAGAUUAAGAUGAUGUCAUUCAUAAACUUCAUCCAAUACGAACAAGACAUGGGAUGAGGGCCAACCUCCUUCUGUCCCCAUGAAGUCUUCAGUACUGAGUAGUCAAGAACCUGCACCUCUCCCUACCCCUAAGCAGGGGGUAUGUUCAGCAUAUUUAAUGCAUGAGCACUAUUGAGGUACUCCGUAUCCUGGCCUUGUGAAGCUGAGAUCCCUCUCCUCAGCUGGCUUCUUGCUGCUUCCACUCUGCCUUGAGAGUGGAGUUUCUGCUUAUUUUCUCCUCCACUGGAGUCAGGGAGCUCUCACUGUGCACAAUUGGGGAGAGAGGUGUAGACUGCUGUGACAUCAGAAAUUGGAUGCCUUGGUGCAGUGUAAGGAAGCAGUUCAUGUUAAGAGGGUCAGAGUCAAAUGCCUCUGGGAGGAGCCUGGGCCCUUCCUUCCUCCUCAUCCAUUGACCUGUCCGUAGGCAUCUGAUUCUCUCAAGUUGGUGGAAGGACUCGGAUUCCUCUCUGGGGUGGUAUCCCAUGAUGCUGUUUCCAACCAACCUCUCUCUGAUCCAAUCAGAGACUGUAUCCCACUGAGCAUCUGCACUAUCCUCAGGGAGAGGAGCCCAUAGCCUUCUUCCCAACUCAUUUCAAACCAGCUCAGUUUCAUCAAGUCACUGUGAGUUGGAGCCCACACCAGGCUCUUUGUCAUCUGUGUUUGUGCAUAUGUUUGUGUGGGUGUGUGUGCAUUAUUGGGCCAAGUUAUUGGGAAAGUCCCAUCAUGUCUCUGAAUUCUGUUUCACAUGCCAAAUCCCAAUUCUGUUGGGGAUCCUAUAGUAAAGGUAUGGCCCUUUGACUUUUCUCACCCUUUGCCAGCCCAUCUCAUGAUAAACUUGGGCCCUAGUGGACA